AUGACUUCAGGUAAUGAGCAAACCCCUCUUAACGGAGAUAGGGAUCUAAAUCAGACGAUAGGUGAAAUGAUGAGAUCUAGAAUUGCUUGUGCAUCCACCUCCGGAAACUCAAUUGACAACAAUGCAUUGAUGGGUCUGCUGCAAGCGGUGACAUCUGUAGUCACCAGACAACAAGAUCAAAUUGAUCGUAAUCGGACGAAUGGUCAAAACGAGGAGAACCCAAAAUUAAGAAGUGGCAUGGGAGAAUUCAAGAAACUAUCUCCACCCAGUUUUGAGGGAACAACUGAUCCUACGAUUGCUGAGCAUUGGAUCACAGAAAUGGAGAAGGUCUUUACAUACAUGAAAUGCCCUGAAGAGGAGAAGGUUGAUUAUGCAGUAUACAUGUUAAAAGACCGCGCUUACGGGUGGUGGCAAAUGCAGGUCAGGACAUUGGGUGAGAAGGCAUACAAGAUAUCGUGGGAGGAAUUUAAAAAGAUUUUUUAUGAAAAGUAUUUUCCUUCAACUGUUCGCAAACAAAAAGAACAGGAGUUUCGAAAAUUGGAGAAAGGUGAUAAGACAGUAGCUGAAUAUGAAGAGGAGUUCACUUAUCUAUCAAAAUUUGCUAUUCAUUUGUUGGGUAAUGAGGAAGAUAGAGCUCGUCGCUUUGAGGAAGGGCUUCGACCGGACAUUCGGAAGGCGGUCAGUGCAUUUGAACUCCCUACAUAUGGAGAAGUGUUAAAGAAGGCCUUGUUAAUUGAGAAAAAUGAAAUUGAUACAAAGCCGAAGGGUGAGACGAUCAGCUCCUACCCAAAGAAGCGGUUUUGGCAAGACAAUCGCGGUGGAAGAAAUAAAAAUUGGAGAAACAAAAAGCAGAAUUUUGGACGUAGAGAGGAGCAAAUUCCUAACCAGAAAACUUUAAGAUGUGAUGUUUGUCAUAAGCUUGGGCAUGAAACGAAAAGUUGUUGGAGAAAUACUGGGGCUUGUUUGAGAUGUGGUCAGAAAGAUCACAAGAUAGCAAAUUGUCCCAGACUGGCUAGUCCAGUGGUGGGAACCGGUAUUCUCAAGCCAAGGCCCGAGUUUAUUCCUUGA